CUGAAAUGUCACUAAUGUCAGUCAGUGGAGUGGACAGGGGGUUCGGCUCCUGAGGUGUAGUUUGUUCGUGUUCAUAGUUUUUUUUAUGACCUUCAUGAACACUAUUAAUUAAUUAAAUCGUGUAAUACAGUGUCUUAAUUGUGGUCAGCUGUGUGUGUGAUAUAAAACAAAAAUAUAUUAUGUAUUCGUAAUGUACAGAUGACCAACAACUGGCACAAUGUCUGCCUUUGAAAAACUAAAGCUUCUCAUUUGGAAGAAUUUUCUUCUACAGAGAAGACACAAAUGGCAAACCAUUUUCGAGAUUGCAUCACCUGUGAUAUUUUCGUUAUUUCUUAUACUAACAAGAUGCCUAGUGGAUCCAAAAUCAAAACCGGAUAUAAGCUAUCCACCAUUUCUCCCAACUUAUUUCAAUAUAAGUGGACGAAAUUUAGGCAAUCUUACAACUGCAAAAACAGGGACUCUGGCAUUCUCACCUGAAAACCCACUCACUAGAAAUGUAACUAGAGAUGCCAUAGCAAUGGUAGCUGAUGACAAUUUCAGUAUAUUAUUUGCUCUCUUGUUUGACUCGAAUUUUCUACCUCAACCUAAAGGCUAUAAGAAUGCUCAAGAAAUGGAGUUGGCCCUAACCCAACCUAAUGCUAUGAAUCAGAUUCUUGUUGGAAUCCAGUUUGAAGACAGCAUGGCAAAUGCCACAGAAUGGCCGGACGACGUUACUUUGACGCUAAGAUUCCCGGCAGUGAUGAGAACGCCGAUGGUAGAACACCCGCUGAGAGCUAGUUGGCGAACGAAUUUAUUGUAUCCGCUGUUCCCGCGGCCAGGCCCUCGCGAUCCAGAUGAUAUGUACGGCGGAAAAACACCAGGGUAUUCACCUGAAAUGUUCUUAGCGGUCCAGCAUGCAAUAUCUCAGGAAAUCAUAAAGCAGAAAACUGGGAAGCCGAUUAACACUAAGGUUUACUUACAACGUCUACCUCAACUCGCAUACAGGGAAGAUCAACUGCUAGUCGCUCUAGAAAGAUUUAUAUCGAUGAUCAUCAUGUUAUGUUUCGCGUAUUCCUUUGUGAAUACGGUCAGGGUUGUAACAUUCGAGAAAGAGUUACAACUAAAGGAAACAAUGACAAUAAUGGGCCUUCCAUCGUGGCUGCACUGGCUGGCAUGGUUUAUCAAACAAUUCUCAUUCCUUUUGAUAUCUGUUGGACUUAUUGUGAUACUAUUUAAGAUACCAUUUAACCGGACGGCGGCUGGCGAUGGAUAUUCUGUACUUACAUUUACACCAUGGAGUGUUCUAUUUUUCUUUAUGAUACUCUUUGUAAUAGCCUCUUUGGCAUUCUCUUUUAUGAUCAGCGUCUUUUUUUCUCGAGCCAACACCGCUGCAUCCUUUAUGGGUCUGGCAUGGUUUGCCGCAUACUCGAUAUACAUGCUCACGCAAGUACUAUACGAAGAUAUAAGCCUGUCAACGAAAUUACUACUUAGUCUGAUAUCCAACACGGCUAUGGGAUAUGCAUUUCAAAUGAUCAUCAUGUGUGAAGGAACUUCGAAAGGUCUGCAAUGGAACGAGUUCUUCACCCCGAUAUCGUACCAAGAUCAACUACAGCCGGGCCACAUAGUCCUUAUGCUGAUUCUCGACUCGAUAUUAUACAUGCUAAUAGCGAUGUACGUGGAGAAGAUACGACCGGGACUCUACGGGGUCCCUUUACCUUGGUACUUCCCAUUCACGAAGAGCUUUUGGAGACCGAAUAAGAGUAAAAUGGCAGAGAUAAAUAAGGACACGCGCGAUAUGGAGUACAAUGAUGCGUUGCUCAAAGUUGUCCAUGACCACGACGAGGAACCCAAGGGCGUGCCCAUGGGAGUCAACAUACAAAAUCUUACUAAAAUCUACAAGGGUCGUAAGAAAGUUGUCGACAACUUGAACUUGAGGAUGUAUGAGAACGAAAUAACCGUAUUACUCGGUCACAAUGGUGCGGGUAAAACCACCACCAUAUCCAUGCUUACAGGCAUGGUCCCCCCGACGUCUGGCAAAGCUUUCAUCAAUGGUUACAACAUUGUGACUGAAACAGGCCUAGCGCGCAAGUCGCUAGGUAUAUGUCCACAACACAACGUGCUUUUCCCAGACCUCACGGUCGCGGAGCACAUCAUAUUUUAUUCAAGAUUAAAAGGCGUACCGAACAGUAAACUGAAAGAAGAAGUAAACCAUUUUGUGAAACUCUUGGAAUUGGAAGCAAAGCGUGAUGUGACUUCGAACAAAUUAUCUGGGGGUCAGAAGCGUCGUCUGUCGGUAGGGGCGGCGAUGUGCGGGAACUCGCGCGUGGUGCUGCUGGAUGAACCAACGUCCGGCCUCGACCCUGCCGCCCGCCGCGCACUCUGGGACCUCCUGCAAAAAGAGAAGAAAGGUCGAACAAUGAUCCUCACGACUCACUUCAUGGACGAAGCCGAUGUUCUGGGCGAUCGCAUAGCUAUCAUGUCCGGAGGAAGACUUCAGUGCGUAGGAACUCCUUACUUCCUUAAAAAACAUUACGGCAUUGGCUACAAAAUUACCAUUGUAAAAGGAGACAACUGUAUCCCGGAUGACAUCACCAAAUUUUUCAAAGUUUACGUACCUGACAUCAAAGAAAAUACUAAUAUAGGUUCCGAAUUAACAUAUAUCUUGCCAAGCGAUAAUGUCAGUAAAUUCCCAGAAAUGCUUAAAGAAUUCGAGGCAAAAAAAGAAGCUUUGGGUGUUUCUAGCUAUGGACUUUCUGUUACCAGUUUAGAAGAAGUUUUCAUGAAGGCAGGCGCAGAGGAUGUAGAGAGUCCGUCAGCGAAAUCGAAUAACCAUGGCAGCUCCAGAGCGUAUAAUGAGUGUGCCAUAGCUCCUCUAGCCAAUCACAACUGCGCGGACAACGAACCUAUACAAAAAGUACGAGGCUACAGACUCCUCAGGAAUCACAUAAAAGCGAUGUUUUUGAAACUCGCGUAUAACUCAAUGAGAAACAAAUUGACUGCUUUAAUACAGUUCGUGACGCCUAUAAUUAACAUAACAAUAUCAGUGGUUAUAGCGAGGUCUUGGAAGUUUUUGUCUCAACUGCCACCUCUGACGUUGAGUCUAGAGAGCGGUUUCGCGACGACGGAAACUUUGAUGUCCCAAGCGAACGUAACGGAUGGUAGCAUUGAAGCUAAGGCAAUGACGGCGUAUAAGGAUUACUUUAAAAAAUCAACGUACCCUGGAAUGACGUUUACAGAUUUAGGCACCUCUAAUUUGGGGAAAUUUUAUUUAAAACUGAGCGAAGCAGACCUCUCGAGAGUGAGAAACGAAAUUCCUAUAGGAGCUACUUUUGGGGCUCACAAUAUUACUGCCUGGUUCAGUAAUUACGGGUACCACGACUCAGCUAUAUCACUCGCUCACGUCAACAACGCCAUAAUGGGGGCUUUGUCACCUGGAAGCACUCUGAAAGUUGUCAAUCAUCCAUUGCCGUACUCUAUUGAACAUUUGGUAAAAGUCAUGGCGUCUGGAAGCAGUAUGGGAUUCCAAUUUGCAUUUAACAUCGGUUUUUGUAUGGCUUUUGUGACUGCAUUCCUCGUACUUUUCGUCAUUAAGGAACGCAUAAGUGGCGCGAAGCUUCUACAGCGAGUGUCGGGCGUUCGGCCGGCGGUGAUGUGGGUGACGUCUCUCAUAUGGGACUGGAUGUGGCUGUUCAUGGUCUAUCUCUGCAUCGUGUUCACUCUGGCAUGCUUUCAAGAGAGCACACUAUCUACGCCUGCUGAAUUAGGCCGAGUACUUCUAGUCUUAAUGGUAUUCUCAAUAGCAACAAUACCGCUUCACUACCUCGCAUCAUUCUAUUUCGAGGCUGCCGCCACCGGCUUCUCGAAAAUGUGCUUCAUGAAUAUAUUCACAGGUUGCAUGCCAUUUUUAAUCACCGAAUUAUUGAGAUUACCAGAAGUAGGCAGUCCGUUUUACGCUCAUCUGUUCGACUGGAUUUUUUCUCCGUUGCCCAUUUACUGCAUCAGUAGAAGUUUCAGGGACAUGAGCGUGUCAUCGUUCUCCAUGCUGGCAUGCGACGGGUUGUGCGAUCAGCUGAACAUUGACAACUGUACGCGGCACACCAUCUGUCGACAACUCAACCUCUCCGUGUGUUGUAUCGAUGACAACCCGUACAUGCAGUGGGAUGAGCCCGGCAUCGGAAGAUAUCUGUUCAUGAUGAGCAUGGUCGGAAUAAUAUCCUUCACAUUACUGCUCAUUAAGGAAUAUGAGCUUUUAAAUAAGGUGUUCUACUCCUCGAGUAACCAGCCAACGCCGCCUAUUUUAGAAGAAGACAGUGAUGUGUCCACAGAACGGUCCGCGGUCCAAGAAAUGACCAGAGCGCAAAUAUCACAGCAAAGCCUCGUUUGUAGAGACCUCACUAAAUUCUACAAGCAGUUCCUCGCUGUCAAUAGACUUACGUUUGCGGUGCACAAAGGCGAGUGUUUCGGCCUACUAGGCAUCAACGGUGCAGGAAAGACGUCCACGUUCCGCAUGUUGACGGGCGACGCGCACAUAUCGGGCGGCGACGCUUUCGUACAUGGAAUGUCUUUAAAGACGCACCUGCAAGAUGUGUAUAGGCAUAUAGGCUAUUGUCCGCAAUUCGACGCCCUAUUCGAGAACUUGACGGGUCGCGAGACGCUGCGUAUCUUCUGUCUGCUGCGCGGAAUACCGGUCGACGUGGGCAAUGCGAGGGCGCUUCACCUCGCUACCACGCUUGGUUUCUUGAGGCACUAUGAUAAAAAGGUUUAUGAAUGUAGCGGUGGAACUAAAAGAAAAAUUAGUACCGCUGUGUCUUUACUCGGAGAUUCGUCUUUGGUGUUCCUUGACGAGCCGACUACAGGCAUGGAUCCAGCAUCAAAGCGUCUGGUCUGGUCGUGUAUCAGCGAGGCAGUGAUGGCGGGUCGCAGCAUAGUGCUGACGUCACACAGCAUGGAGGAAUGCGAAGCGCUCUGUUCGAGACUGACCGUCAUGGUCAACGGACGUCUGUAUUGCUUGGGACCUCUGCAGCAUUUGAAGAAUAAAUUCUCGCAAGGUUAUACCUUAAUAGUUAAAAGCAAAUCCGGGCCAGACAGAGAUGCCGAUGUAGCCAGGAUAGACAGUUAUAUUACUGAAAAAUUCCGUGAAUCCAAACUUAUUGAAUCCUACCUGGGCAUCAGCACAUACUACAUCAACGACACGGGUUUGCCCUGGUGGAGUGUUUUCGACGUGAUGGAGGAAGCUCGCAGGCAGUUCCCUAUAGAAGACUACUCCGUAUCCCAGACCACGCUAGAGCAAGUGUUCCUACAGUUCACGAGGUUGCAAGGUAACGAGACUGAAGCCUAAACACCAAUAAGUAGUUUGAUGUUCAUUUACUUAUAGUCUACGUGCAUCGGAACACCACUGUUCUGCGAAGAUCCUUUUCGAUAGUACAACAAAACUUUAGAAUCUGUGUCGUAUUUCUACGAAAUCAGGUUGAAAUUCCUUUGUCAAAAAAUUGUGUGUUAUGUCGUCACGAUGUGCGUAGGCUAAUAAGCGUCAGGGUAAUACAUGAAACAGUUGAAUAAAUGUUCUUAACGGCUAUAGGUUCGAUGGAACAGUUUUCUUCAGCAAAGUUUCAAAAUAUAGUACAAUUAUUUUAUUUUUCAAAGUCACAUCUGAAACUUGUCUCAAUAUAAAUAGUUAUUAUUAAUAUACUCAACAAUACCGUAUUUUUCUGUCGUUAAAUAUAACAAUCCAAGCGGUACAAUAUCCAAAGAUAAUCCUCGUUACUUGGAGUUCGUCAGUCUCAAUUUAGUACUUAAAAAUAAUUAGAUCUAUUAAAGUAAGAAAAUAAAGCAAGCAAUUUGAAUGUUCAAUAUUUUAUAUGUGAAAUUAAAUAAGUCAUUCGCGCUCAUGGUUUCACCCGCCCCUGGAGGGAACAAUUUUCCCAAAACAUUAAAAAGUACAUAAUAUGUAAUUCUGAUAUAAGCUGUAUUACUACCAAGUUUCAUCAAUAUCCAGAAGUUUUCGGGUGAAGGAGCAACAAAUAUACACACAUACAUCCAAAAAUUUCUAAUAUUAUUAGGAUAAAUACAUAAAUGUUAAAAUAAUGCGUACUGCAACUGUAUUGUUAAAUGUUGUUGUUGAUGUGUCUGACUGUAUACUGAAUUAUAUUUACAUAAUAUUUAUGUCUAUACUAUACUAUGCACAGCGGAAAAGUUCAACUUAUAGAUAUUAUAUAAUAGAUCUUUUAUAAAGUUCAUAAAAUAGUGAUUAGUAAAAUAUUUAGUUACAUAACGUUAUUUUACGCCAUUCCGUUAUUAUUUUUAAAUAGUGCCGAUAGAUCUGAAUGCAGUAUACAACGUAUAAUCUCAAGAUGUAUGACAUCGAGAAAGGUUUACAAUUAAUUAUUUAUUUUAAGGUAAUAUUAAAUUCUUUUUUGUAAUAUACCCACCAUAGUACAUUUUUACAUUGAAGAUACCUGAAAGCUUUGAGAAAGAUAUAAACAAAGAAGAACUUAUUGAUAUUCAGGUAUUUCUCAGGACUAUUUUUGAAUUCAGGAUAAGUACAUCAAUAUGCUUUGUAUCUUUGACUAAUAUAAAUCUCCAUGAUUAAAAAAAUAAAACUAUGAUCUACUAGCAUUAUUCGAAUACUUUCCUUUUCAAAAAUAAUGUUAUGAUAAAAAAUCUAAAAUGUAUUUGUGUAUUUUGUUUUUUAGUUAAUGUAAAUUUCAGUAUUUAUAAUACCCUAUUUCUGUAUCUAUGUACUUACUUUUAGUGAGAUAAUUCAAUGGUGCUUGUCCUUCUUUUAAGAAAAUAAAUGUGGUCGAGUAAUUGUCAUUAUAUUAUGGAAAAAAUGCUUAAAGAUCUGAAAACCGGUAGGUUGGUUUUUCAUUAGUGGCAAGUCGCUUUUUGUAUAAUAUUGGUAAUCCGAAAAAUCCAGGUUAAAGAAAAUUAAACAAUAUAAGUAAUAGAAUCUAUUUUCGAAUCCUAUGUAUUGUGGUUUGUUGUCAAUAGAUUAUUGAAAGUUUAUCUAAUUGAGCUUGUAAGAGAUCUUCAACUAGGAAACAUCUUGCCAUUUAUUUAAUUUACCACAUAAGUAGAAAAAUAUUAAAUAUUUAUUGUUAUUUGCAAUCUCAAAGAAUGGACGGCCUACAAACAGUAAGAUAACUUAUUGUGGGUAGAGAUUAUAGUACAAAGUUAUGUAGUACAGACACCAGCACAUCAAGCUACUACAAUCUGUCAGACUUCGUUGAUCGAUUAAAAACUUUACCUCUGAAGUAUAAGGUUCAAUUUUGAAAAAAAUACAGAUUGAAGGAGUCUGAUGUGCUGGCGUAUGUACACUUACAUAAAAUCGCAGUUUAUGAAUAUAUCCACAAAAAAUUAACUCUGUUCUAUUAUAUGAAGUAUUGUUGUGUUAAUUUUACUGUCCAACAACGGUUAUAACAAAUGAAUAACGCAAAAGUUAUGCUUAUUUUGUUGUGCACAAGUUAUAAAACUGAGUAGACUUUUUUUAAUCUGAAAGUAAUGUCUAAAGUUAAUUUCAGACAAGUCGGUAAACUAUUAAAAAAAGGUUGCUGUAGGUAAAUUCGAUUUAAUUCUUCUUUGAAAAAAGCUUUGCGUUAAUAGUCAUUACAAUACUGACAUUUAUUAUGUGGGUAUGAGCGAGCAACGCAAUUGUUAAUAACUGUCUAUAAAACAGUAUUGAUGAAAAUGAAUUUGUGUGAUAUGAUUUGUGAUUUAUUAUUAUUUUAAAAGUGUUAUUGCUAUUAAAAUAUAUAUAUUUAUUUAUAAAAUGUGCCCCAUGCUACCAAUAUAGCAGAUGCCAUGUACAGUAAGUUCGGGCUAAUAAAAUGAAUUAUUGCAUUAGUACAAGUUCCUUUGAAAAUGCAGUAUUACAAGCCAAUCUCUUUUACGAUAAAUAGUGAAUGUAGAACUCAUAAUGCCUCUGUCAAUUGCUACUUUAUUAUUACGCUUCAACAGUACUUAUACAACUUAUAAUUUAUUGCAACUAUUUGGCUUUAAUGUAUUGCUUAUAACCUCUCAAUGUUUUGUAUGUUAUUUCAUAAGGACGGUGUUUGUAUUGUGUAGUGUUUAUAGACAAUUUUUUAAUAAAACUAAGAAUAUUUUA